GCUAGAAGGGGCGUCGUUCCUCAUCCAGCCCCUUCCUCCUCCAUUGUGUCUCCUCCUCCUCCACCGCCGCCGCCUGACGUGGGCCAGAGCAGAGCAGAGCUGAGCUCCGAGCGGCCAUGGUGGAGGGCGAGCGGCGCUAUGAGGCGGCUGGCCGGGCGGCGCCCUGAGUGAGGCGGGCGGAGGGCGGCGCUGGCCGAGGCGGGUGUCGGCGGCCCCCGGAGCCCGAGCCCGACCCCGCUGAGCACGAAGGAAGGAAGGCAGGCGGGCCGGCCAGCAUGGAGGGCGAGCAGCAGCUCCGCACUGAGGUGGAGCGGCUGAACCGCGAGUUGAGCGAGACGACAGAGGAGAAGAUGCAGGCGGCCGAGUACGGACUGGUGGUGCUGGAGGAGAAGCAGACGCUCAAGCUGCAGUAUGACGAGCUGGAGAGCGAGUACGAGACGGUCCGCCAGGAGCUGGAGCAACUGCGGGAGGCUUUUGGUCAGGCUUAUAGUAACCAGAAAAAGGUGGCAGCUGAUGGAGAGAGUCGUGAGGAGUCAUUGAUUCAAGAGUCUGCUUCCAAAGAAGCGUAUUAUGUGGCCAAGAUUCUGGAGCUACAGACCGAUCUGAAACAGAUGAAAAAUGUGCUCACCAAUGCCCAGUCCGAAAAUGACCAUCUUGCUUCCAUCACACAGCAGCUGAAGGAGAGCAAUCAGGUUGUGGAGUUGCAAAGAAAUCGCCUGCGUGAUGAUAUUAAAGAAUAUAAAUUUCGUGAAACAAGACUUCUGCAAGAUUAUUCUGAACUUGAAGAGGAAAAUAUCUCUCUUCAGAAACAAGUCUCGGUGCUUAAACAAAAUCAGGUUGAAUUUGAAAGUCUGAAACAUGAAAUUAAAAGGCUUGAAGAAGAAACAGAGUUCCUCAACAGUCAGCUGGAAGAUGCUAUCAGACUAAAAGAAAUAGCAGAACGACAACUUGAGGAAUCUUUGGAGACGCUGAAGAAUGAGCGGGAGCAGAAGAAUAACAUGCGCAAAGAAUUAUCUCACUAUAUGAACAUCAGUGAUUCAAUGUACACCAGCCAACUGAAUAUCUCUCUGGAUGGAUUGAAGUUUAGCGAUGAUUGUAAUGAACCAAACAAUGAUGAACUCAUUAAUGGUUUUGAAAACGGCCUGACUAAAUUGAAUGGUGACAAUAAGCUGUCCACUCCUAAGAAAAAUGAUCAUUUCAAGCCAGCACCGAGCUUGGUGUCUGAUUUGCUAAGUGAGCUGAAUUUAUCUGAAAUGCAGAAACUGAAACAGCAGCUGAUGCAGGUGGAAAGGGAUAAGACCACAUUACUUACAACUCUCCAAGAGUCACAAAAGCAGCUGGAACAUACAAGAGGUGCCUUGUCAGAACAGAAUGAAAAGGUCAACAGACUCACCGAGCAUGUCAGUGCCAUGAAAAAACUCCAGGCUAGCAAAGAACGGCAGAGUGCACUUGAUAAUGAGAAAGAGCGAGAUAGCCAUGAAGAUGGUGAUUACUACGAGGUAGAUAUCAAUGGCCCUGAGAUUUUGGAGUGCAAGUACAAGGUGGCUAUAGCUGAUGUAAACGAACUCAAAGAAGAACUCAAAAACCUGAAGGCCACAUACUCUGAUAAUGAGAAUAAAUAUGAGAAGGAGAAGACCAGGAACGAAAGUGAAAUCCAGUCCAUGACAGAGAAACUUGAACUACUAGAAAAAACUAAUAAAGAAGAGCAGGAGCAGAUUAUCUGCUUGGAAAAGGAGCUGAAAAAAGUGAGUGAGGUAGCUGAAGGAACUCAAGGUAGCUUGACUGUGGCACAGGAUGAACUGGUCACCUUCAGUGAAGAACUAGCAAAUCUGUACAACCAUGUUUGUAUCUGCAACAACGAGACGCCCAACCGAGUAAUACUGGAUUACUUUAAAGAAGGUAAAAAUGUCCGCAGCUGUUCAGAAGGUAAAGAGAGAAGAUCUCCAGUUCUGCUUACCAAGGGCCUUUUCCCAGGAGAGAUGGGAAAAGCUGAAAAUAACAACAAUGGAGACAUUGUACCAGCUUCUGCUUCAUCUUUGCCCUCACCUGUGUCUUGUGCUAGUGAUCCACGCAAAGAACCAAUGAAUAUUUACAACCUGAUUGCUGUCAUUCGUGACCAAAUCAAGCAUCUUCAGAAAGCAGUUGAUAGAUCAACAGAACUAUCCAAACAACGUGCUGCUUCCCAUGAACUGGGGGCAAUGGCAGACAAAGACAAAGAAGUUUUCAUGGAAGAGAUCUUGAAACUGAGGUCCUUGUUGAGUACCAAGAGAGAACAAAUUUCAACGCUGAGAGCUGUGCUCAAAGCAAACAAGCAGACUGCUGAAAUGGCCCUUUCAAAUUUGAAGAGUAAAUAUGAAAUUGAGAAAUCCAUGGUUACUGAGACAAUUAUGAAACUACGUAAUGAGCUUAAAGCUUUAAAAGAGGACGCUGCUACCUUUUCAUCUCUAAGAGCUAUGUUUGCCACCAGGUUAUUAAACUCCACAAAGAUUGAUCAGGUAGGAUAAAUAAAUGCAGGUGUUUAUUUCUGCGGCUUGUGUUGCAAUUGCUGCAGUGCCUGCAUGCUGGCUUUUUGUACUGUAGUGUGGGCGCUGUGGAAGUUCUAGUGCCCUCUGCUGGCUUUUUUAUGGAAUCCAUCUGCGACAAAGUCACCAUUUUGGCUUCCUAAUUGCUGAAAACGUCUUAUCUUUGCACUCUGUUUUCAUCCUCUUCUGAGGUCACCUCAGCUAGUACAUAUUUUAAUAAAUAGUUGUGUCAGAAGCAAAUUGUUUUUCAGAAAGUCAACAAUUUGACAUGCAGAAAAAAAACAUUCAUUUUCACACUGACCAAUAUUUGGCCAAAUUAACAUUUUUUUUCUGCAAAAAUAAUGGAAAUUUCUGAUGCAUAAAAUGAUUAACAUAUAUUUAGUUAGUAUAUUUUUAAUUUGUUGCUUUAAUGGAAUUGUUUUAUCCUGGGAGAUGUUUCCUCAACAACAGUCCUGUAUAAGUAAUUGUAGUUUCUUUAUAAAGGAUCAAGUGGUGAGUGUAGGACCGAACAAAUUCAGUCUGAAAGCACAUUUGUGCACUGUUAACCUAAAUUGCAGUAUAAUUAGUAAUAGCCGUACCCAGGAACUGUAGAUUCCAGCUACUACAACAGCAGUUGUACCACUAAUGGUGCACACAUGAAGCAGGCAACCCAAGGAAUUCAGUCCAGAUUUAAAUUUUCCAUGCUUCAAAGUAAGGUUUGUAAUAUAAUUAGUUAAAAUCUAUUCCUGGAAUAUUGCAGCAUAAAUUGUAAUUGGUGCUAGGUUAUACAUUGUAAUUUAUGUUAAUACCUACCUGAAAAUCCCUGAUCAUUUUUUGUGAUUCACACUUGAAUUACCAGCUCCCAUUGCACCUGAAGAAGGGUCUCGACCGGAAACGUCAUCCACUCCUUUUCUCCAUGGAAGCUGCCUCACUUGAGUUUCUCCAGCACCCAUUGCAAGGUGACCUCUUGUGACCAACACUUGACCAGCAGGGUGGGAAAGAGCUCACAAAGGGUUUAAGCAGUUUUUCCUAAUUGAAGAUUUAAUUUCAUUAGGUUCCUCAAUAUACCUAUCUCCAAGGCUUCAUAUUAAAUCCUACUGUUCAUAGAAAAUGUGAGAUUUGCCAUUUGGGUGCCAGCAUUGAUACCUGUCUAAGUGCCAGGUUUGAUCUCACAAACACAUUUACAUUUGGUUCCAUUGUAUUCCAAAUUUGCUGAUGGGUGUACAAGUGGGUGCCAACUUGCCAGUUAACAGUGUCUCAAAGCUUACCUGCCUGUGAGAGAAGAAAUUGAGGACUUUGUAUAUGGAGAUUGUUCAGAAGUUUCUGAAGCCCUGGAUUUCUUUUUAAACUGGAUUCUUCUUCUUGCGUAUGACGUGCACAGCCUAAAGUUGUAGGACAACUUGUUCUAUUUGAUCUUAUUUGAUUGUGCACGCCGGGUUGAUUGCAUUCGUCAAAACAGAGCGGACCACGUGAAGGUUGCAAUCUUCCACCCCAAUUUAAACUGGAUAAUACAAGGAGUUACUUGGAUGGUAUGGUGCCCAUGAUAGAUUGCCCCACGCCCAGGAGCAGCAUUCAGUUACCCAGGGGCUUAGUGUAGCAGUCGGGCUAAAUGCUACCCGGCCAACUGGAACUUACAUUCAGUUAAUAUUUUAGAUUUUUUUUUUUAUAAGGUCAUUAGUAACGAUGACUGCAAAACCAUUAGAACUUUCCUUUUGGAAAAAAAUGAUCUGGUUCAUCAACGGACGAUCGGCUGCCUUGAGCUGGUCGAUGGUCAAUGUCACCAUCUCCUCGCCACAUUUGUGCCAUGGCUUCUGUGUUCAAAUAGAAGCAAAGUCAAGAUGCUGGAGCAUUGUCCAGAUCCAGCAGGAAGAUUGUUCUGGAGGGUCUUGGCAUGAAAUGUUGAUUCUCUCCAUUGUUUCUGCAGGAGCUGCUGAGUAAUUCAGCACUUUGUUUUUUCUUUGUUCUUCCAGUGUCAUCUUAUUGUCCCAUUUUUUAAAAAUAGACAAUAUUAGUGAGACCACAUAGCAUGGAGUUGGUGCUGAUUUUGGUAGGUGAGCGUCUACCAAAGCAAACCUUCUACUCCCAGCUUAAAGAAAGCAAACGUAAAAGAGACGGACAAAAGAAUGUGAAAUCGACAUUGACAAUUGGGAAACCAAUGCUAAGGACAGGAAACUUUGACGAACCAUCAUCCAAGAAGGAACAGUGACCUUCGAAACCAAGAAAUGCGCAGAA